AUGAACUUCAGCAGGGAGGUGGCCCGACAGACCAGCUGUUAUACAUAUGUGAUAGAAGAUGAGGAUCCAGCCCUGGCAAGCCUAAAUGUAUUCGAGUUGACCGAGAGGGGUGACCUAGCUCUCCUGGAGAACCUGGUGAGGAAGAGCCCAGAGGUCCUGAGCGAGAAAGAUGAAUACGGAGCCAGUCCCCUCCAUCAUGCCGCCGCAGGCGGCCACGUCACCCUCAUCCAAUUCAUCACCACUGUCAUAGACUCACAGGGUAAGCAUACCUCAGUCAUCGAUCAUGAGAUGCACUCUAGCACAGAGCUGAACAGCUGUGAUGAGCAGGGCAAUGUGCCCUUACACUGGGCAGUGAAGAAGAACAAGGCAGAGAGCUGCAGGAAUCUUAUGGACCUGGGGGCCGACCCCAACAUCCUCAACGCGGCCCUCCUGUCCCCUCUGCACCUGGCUGUCAACUGCGGCCACAACAGCCUGGUGGAGCUGCUGGUGUCUUACAGUGCCACAGACUGUAACCUGGAGGGAGACCUUGGGAACACACCGGUGAUACUGGCCUGUUCUAUCAAUAACUGUGAGGCUCUCAGCAUAUUGAUAAAGCAUGGAGCGCGGCUGUGCCAGCAGAACAAGCUCGGCCAUUUUGCCAUCCAUGCAGCUGCCUUCGCGGGUGCAAAGAAAGCAAUGGAAGUGAUCCUGAAGGCCGGGGAGGAGUUAGGCCACUCAGCUGCAGCCCACAUCAACUACUUAGACAAGUCCAGAAGCAGUCCCCUCCAUCUGGCCGUUCGUGGCGGGAACAUCGAAGCCAUCUGCCUCUGCAUUGCUACCGGGGCCAAAGUUGACCAGCAACAGAAUGACAGGUCCACACCGCUACAUCUGGCCUGCACCCAGGGUGCUACUGAGGUUGUCAAACUGAUACUCUCCUCCUUCGACCAAGUGGAGGACAUCAUCAACCUGACUGACGGGGCGUGUCAGACCCCUCUACACAGGGCUACAGUAUUUGACCACACAGAGCUGGCAGAGUACCUCAUUUCUUUGGGUGCAGACCUAAACAGCAUUGAUUGUAAGGGAAACUCUCCUUUGCUGCUGGCUACGACCUGUGGAGCGUGGAGAACUGUGUCUCUGCUGCUGUCAAAAGGGGCAAAUGUGAAUGUGAAAGACGGGUGCGGCUGUAACUUCCUGCACCUGGCCAUCCUGCAGCCCAAGGGUCUGAAAAACCUCCCAGAGGGAGUACUGCAGCACAACAAUGUGAAGGCAUUGCUGAGCUGUGAGGACAAUGAGGGAUGCACCCCGCUACACUACGCUUGCAGACUGGGCAUCCACGACUCAGUGAAGAACAUGCUGGGCCUCGCGGGACAGGUCGGCCUCGCAUGCAAGUCCAAGGACAAGAAGUCCGCCUUGCACUUUGCUGCUCAGUAUGGGCGCAUCAAUACAUGUCACCGAUUACUAGAGUCCAUCAAAGACUCUCGUUUGCUGAAUGAAGGUGAUGAGCGAGGCCUGACACCACUUCAUUUGGCUUCAAGAGGGGGUCACACCAAGGUGGUGCAGCUGCUGCUGAGCAAGGGAGCUCUCUUUCACAGUGAUUAUAAGGGCUGGACCAGUCUGCACCAUGCUGCAUCUGAAGGAUACACACAAACUAUGGACAUUCUCCUGUCAGCCAAUCUCAAGUUACUGGAUAAAACCGAUGAGGAUGGGAGCACUGCACUCCACAUCGCAGCAAAAGAGGGACACGUGGCUGCAGUCAAAGUCAUGCUGGCUCGGGGAGCAGAGCUCAUCUUAAACAAGAACGACACAUCGUUCCUCCAUGAAGCUCUGCAGAACGGGAGGAAAGACGUGGUCAAUGCUGUAAUUGACAGCGACAGAUGUGCUGAGGCUUUGGGACUGUUCAUACCUGGAGGAAGCCAGCGAUGUCCCAUUCUAGACAUGAUUGAGUUUCUGCCUGAGACCUACAAGCACCUAUUGGACCGCUGUGUUAGGGAAUCUGAUGAUGACCACAACAGUCCCGACUACCACAUUGAAUAUAAUUUCCGAUGGCUCCAGGCUCCCCUUACAGCGAAGAAGUUAACCGACAAGGCCAUGACGUAUCAGCCACUACCUGCUCUCAAUGCGAUGGUGCGGUACAACCGCAUCGAGCUCCUCAACCACCCCGUCUGCAAAAAGUACCUGGCAAUGAAGUGGGUUGCAUACGGGAGCACGGCUCAUGUGCUCAACAUGUUUUUGUACCUGUUAGGCCUGCUGCCGCUGACUCACCUGAUAGUGGCUCUGAGGCCCACUAUGAACACCACUGAAACAGGCGAGCACACAAUCACAAUGGUGCCCAUAUCUUUCAUAGAGCAAAGUCUGUUCCUGUCCUUCUGCAUGGUGAUGGUAUUGGUCAUGAACUUGUAUUGCAUAGUGAAGGAAGUGCUACAGAUAUCACAACAGCGCUGGAAUUACUUAAAGGAUUAUUCCAACCAGUGUGACUGGUUUUCAGCCAUCUGCUCUCUUCUGUUCAUCAUCCCCGUCAUGCUCAAUGUAGAGAGUUCUUUACAUUGGCAGGCAGGGGCACUGGCAGUUUUAAACUCCUGGGUUGCGUUUCUCCUUUAUCUCCAGAGGUUUGAGGGUGUUGGCAUCUAUGUUGUGAUGUUUGGAGAGAUCCUGAGGACACUGGUCCGUAUUGUAAUGCUGUUCAUUUACCUGAUGUUGGCAUUCGGAUUGGCGUUCCAUGCUUUGAUGCUCAAUCAGAAAGAGUUUGAGAGUGUGCCGCUCUCAGUGAUGCAGACCUUCGUGAUGAUGGUCGGGGAACUGAACUACCAGAAUAACUUCCUGGACGCUUACCUGAGCAAUAAGCUUCCUUUUGGUUUCCUGACUUACUUCAUUUUUGUGCAAUUUGUGCUGCUCAUGCCAAUACUGCUGGUGAACCUGAUGAUUGGUUUAGCAGUUGGAGACAUUGCCGAAGUACAAAGAAACGCUGCCCUCAAAAGAAUAGCCAUGCAGAUUGACCUCCACACCGCUCUGGAAGAUAAGCUGCCUUAUUGGUUCAUGAAGCGAGUUGACAAACCCUCCAUAACCAUCUACCCCAAUCACAAGUGCUCCAGGCACUAUAUAAGGCAAUUAAUCUCAGGUGUUGAGGGAACAGAUGAAGUCUGGAGACGUCUUCAGGCCAAAUCACAGAGCUCCACUGUGAUAGAGACUGAGCUCAUAAAGCAGAAGUCCAGGAUGAAAGAAAUGUCGAGCCUGCUCGAGAAGCAGCACAACCUCGUGAAGCUCAUCAUCCAGAAGAUGGAGAUCACCUCAGAGGCCGACGAGUACGACGGCCCCGUCAACUUGAAAGGCAGCAUGUGGCAGAGCGUGAGUCGGGCUAAACCAAAGAGACAGGGCGCGUCUCAGUGGGUCCCGCUGAUGAAGGCCAUCGAGGCCAAAAGAAAAUGAAGAGAAUGAGAUGAACAACACGUCUAAACGUAGCAACAAUUAUAUGAUUUUACAAAGUGAAUAUUCACUACAUUUUACAGGUAUAUGUAAUCAUGGCAUUAUAAUAUGAA